AUGGCGGUGAAACUGGAACCGUCUUACUUCUCGAGCGAAUAUAUGCAUCCAGACGCCCCGCUGGAGGAGGACCAUGAUGAAGAGGAACGAAUAACGGAGGAAGACAGCUGGGUGGUGAUUGGUUCCUUCUUUGGGAGCCACGGACUGGUGAACCAGCAGAUCGAAAGUUACAACGACUUUAUCGAGUACAGGAUGCAGGAAAUAAUUGACGAGCACCCCCAUAUAGAAAUCAGACCCCAACCACAGUACCGCUCAGACAGAGAUGACAAUAAAAACGUGAUGUAUUCGUUGAAAUUUGGACAGCUCUCUUUAGAUAGGCCAUUCUACGACGAAAGAAAUUUAACGAAUAAAAAUCUAUGGCCUCAGGAGGCAAGACUAAGGAACUUAACCUACUCCUCUGCUAUAUAUAUUGACAUUGAGCAGAGUACAUACGUGGUGGAAGAAGGUUCAAAGAACCAAAUUUUGAAAGAAAAAUUUGUGUACGAACGGAUAAACUUGGGAAGAAUACCACUCAUGUUGAAGUCUAUGUUUUGUUGGACUAAAGGAUUACCAGAGAGCGAAAUUGCUGAUAUGGGUGAGUGUGCAUUUGAUCAGGGAGGGUACUUCAUUGUGAAUGGAGGAGAGAAGGUGUUGGUGGCACAGGAGAGAAUGGCUCACAAUUUUAUUUAUGUGUUUAAGAAGAAGCAGCCUUCUAAGUUUGGCUGGGUAGCUGAGAUAAGAUCUCAGAUGGAGAGGUCUCAAGCUACAUCUGCCUUUUCUGUAAAGAUGAAAACGAAAACGGGUUCUAGGGGUUCUGGUGGAGGGGGUUCAUCAGCCAGGACAGGAGGACAACUGGUGGCUACCUUGCCAUAUAUAAGAACCGAAAUUUCCGUUGGAAUUUUGUUUAGAGCAUUAGGUUGCACCUCCGAUCGGGAUAUCCUCCAAAGAAUUGUCUACGACUUUAACGAUAAAAUGAUGAUUAACACUUUGAGGGAGACUCUAGAGGAGUGUAUAGAUUAUCCUACACAGGACAUCUGCCUUGACUUCAUCGGGAAAAGAGGACCCACUGUUGGGGCAUCGAGAGAGAAAAGAAUUCUAUACGCCAAGGAGCUUCUACGAAAGGAGGUUCUACCCCACAUGGGGACUGGCCCAGGGGUGGAGAGCAAGAAGUCUUAUUUCAUUGGGUACAUGAUUAAUCGGCUGCUGUUAGCCGAAUUAGGAAGAAUUAAAGAAGACGAUCGGGAUCACUUUGGGAAGAAGCGCCUGGACAUUGCAGGGCCUCUAAUGGCUAGCAGCUUCUCUACCUAUUUUAGAAAAAUGGCGAAAGAUGUGAAACGGGUUCUACAAAGACAGAUCGAUAAUAACAAACCAUUCGAUGUUGCGGGGGCGGUUAGGAGUUGUUCGCAAAUUACGCAGGGGAUGCAGUACCAGCUAGCUACAGGCAAUUGGGGUAAGGACAAAGACGGGAAGGUGAUAAGAACGGGAGUCGCGCAGGUUCUUAACCGAUUGACUUACUCCUCAUGUCUGUCUCAUUUGAGACGGUUAAACACACCAUUGGGUCGAGAAGGGAAAAUGGCGAAACCUAGGCAACUCCAUAAUACCCAUUGGGGAAUGAUCUGUCCAUUCGAAACGCCUGAGGGGCAAUCCGUAGGUCUUGUGAAGAACCUCUCCCUGAUGUGUGACAUAAGUGUGGGUACAUCUACUAACAACAUUUUUGAGUUCCUCCUAGAGUGGGGUCUAGAAUCGCUAGAUGAAGUACCACCCCAAUUAAUGAAAGAAAAAGUGAAGCUCUUUCUGAAUGGUAAAUGGGUUGGGUGCUUCAAUCAAAUUGAUAAUUUAAUAGAAACGUUGUAUGAGUUAAGAAGGAGGUGCGAUAUAUCUCCGGAGGCUUCCAUCGUAAGGGAUGUCAAUAGCAAGGAAAUAAAAAUAUUUACCGAUUCGGGUAGAGCUAUGAGACCUCUAUACGUGGUGAAGAAUGACAAAGGGGAAAAUAAACUCAAGUUGACUAAGGAACAUGUGAAAAAUAUGAUGGCUUAUCCGGAGACCUACAAUUGGGAUUACCUAAUCCAAGAAGGGAUCAUCGAGUACAUCGAUUGCGAAGAGGAGGAAACUACCAUGAUUAGUAUGUUUAUUGAUGACUUGAAAACAGGGACAGGGUACCACAACAAUUACACCCACUGUGAGAUCCACCCGUCAUUGAUCUUAGGUGUGUGUGCAUCUAUCAUUCCAUUUAGUGACCACAAUCAGAGUCCUCGUAAUACGUACCAAAGUGCCAUGGGAAAGCAAGCCAUGGGAAUUUACGUCACAAAUUUUAACAUUCGAUUGGAUACACUGGCUCAUUUGUUGUACUACCCCCAGAGGCCACUUGUAUGCACUAAGGUGAUGGAGUACCUACGAUUUAGAGACCUCCCCGCAGGUAUUAACGCCAUCGUUGCUAUUAUGUGCUACACAGGGUACAACCAAGAAGACAGUCUCAUAAUGAAUCAGUCAUCCAUAGAUAGAGGUCUAUUCAGGAGUGUAUUCUAUCGAACGUACACAAGUGAAGAGAAGCAACAAGGGAGUCUCAUCAUAGAAUCUUUUGAGAAGCCAUCUAUCAGAUGUGUGAAGAAUUUAAAGAGAGGUGAUUACACCAAGUUAGAUAAUGAUGGGUUAAUCGCUCCAGGUAUACGGGUUCUAGGGGAUGACAUUAUUAUCGGGAAGGUAUCCCCUAAUAUUGAAGACGAAGACGACAUAGUGAUUCAGAAGAAGGUACCUAAUGUACCCAUGAGUUAUAACUCUGGUGGGGGUAGCUCUAACGGGUUUAUCACAGGGAAGGACUCGUCUACAGGAGGAAGCAUACUCAAUGGAAGUGCAGGGAGCGUUUGUGGGAGUGUGUCCAGUCCGUAUGCUCCCUCUACAAUUGGAGGUUCUAAUUUGAUGGAUUCUGUCCCCGAUUCUCCCAUUAGUGACAGGUAUAGUAGCAGCGGACCAGUGGGCACAACGACGAUGGCUCCAGCAAGUGUUGCUUCCUCCACCCCGAGUAGCACCACCAUUUUUAGGAGUGGAAAUACGCUCUCCAAUGUGAAUAGUCCCCAAUAUGGAACCACUAUCGCUUCUGCCUCUACAAAGGAUGAUAUAGAAGUUCCCACACUAACCAUUAGUACAUCCAACAUAUUGAAGCAGUACAAGAAGGACUGCUCCCUCAGUUUGCGAGAAAAUGAAAACGGAGUCAUAGACACUGUUAUGUUAUCUUCCAACAGCAGAGGUAAUAAGUUUGCUAAGGUAAAGGUCCGAUCAGUACGUAUUCCCCAAAUUGGAGAUAAAUUUGCUAGUAGACAUGGACAGAAGGGUACCAUCGGAAUUACUUACCGUACGGAAGAUAUGCCGUUCAGUUCGGAUGGUACCUUCCCAGAUAUUAUUAUGAACCCGCAUGCAGUUCCAUCCCGUAUGACCAUCGGUCACUUGGUUGAAUGUCUAGCUGGAAAGGUCGCGGCGAUAGAAGGGGGAGAAGGAGAUGCAACUCCAUUUUCGAAAAUCACUGUACAGGAAAUCUCGCAAAGGUUGCAUAACCUUGGGUAUGAAAAGUAUGGCAAUGAUGUGUUGUACAAUGGACAUAACGGAAAAAUGCUCAAGUCGAAGAUAUUUAUUGGGCCGACUUACUACCAAAGAUUGAAACACAUGGUAGAGGAUAAAAUUCAUGCGAGGAGUAGGGGCCCUCUGACUAUGAUUACGAGACAGCCCACGGAGGGACGAUCCAGAGAUGGUGGAUUACGUUUCGGAGAGAUGGAAAGAGACUGCAUGAUUUCGCACGGCUCUGCGAAAAUGCUCAAGGAGCGGCUCUUCGAAGAAAGCGACGCCUACCGUGUGCACGUGUGCGACAACUGCGGACUCUGUUGCAUCGCGGACAUUAACAAGAACGCGUACGAGUGUACCGUCUGCAACAGCAAAACGAACAUUUCGCAGAUCUACAUCCCCUACGCCUGCAAGCUGCUCUUCCAGGAGCUCAUGACAAUGGCCAUAUAUCCAAAGCUCGUGCUGGAGGAUAUGUAG